GGACGGGGCGGGGGCGCCGCGCACGCGCACGGGUCGGCGGCGCGCGCCGAGCGGGGGGCACCGCGCGGGUGCAGGCACGAUGGAAGGGGGUGCGUACGGAGCGGGCAAAGCCGGGGGCGCCUUCGACCCCCACACCUUGGUCCGGCAGCCGCACACCAUUCUGCGCGUCGUGUCCUGGGUGUUCUCCAUCGUGGUGUUCGGCUCCAUCGUGAACGAGGGCUACCUCAACACCCCCUCGGAGGGCGAGGAGUUCUGCAUCUACAACCGCAACCCCAACGCCUGCAGCUACGGCGUGGCGGUGGGCGUGCUCGCCUUCCUCACCUGCCUGCUCUACCUGGCCCUGGACGUGUACUUCCCGCAGAUCAGCAGCGUGAAGGACCGCAAGAAAGCCGUGCUGUCAGACAUCGGGGUCUCGGCCUUCUGGGCCUUCCUCUGGUUCGUGGGCUUCUGCUACCUGGCCAACCAGUGGCAGGUCUCCAAGCCCAAGGACAACCCGCUGAACGAAGGGACAGAUGCGGCCCGGGCCGCCAUCGCCUUCUCCUUCUUCUCCAUCUUCACGUGGGCAGGCCAGGCUGUGCUGGCCUUCCAGCGGUACCAGAUUGGCGCCGACUCAGCCCUCUUCUCCCAGGACUACAUGGACCCCAGCCAGGACUCCAGCAUGCCUUAUGCCCCCUACGUGGAGCCCAGCGCCGGGCCAGACCCCACCGGCAUGGGUGGCACCUACCAGCAGCCGGCCAACUCCUUCGACACCGAGCCCCAGGGCUACCAGUCGCAGGGCUACUGAGCCGCAGUGACCGCCUCCUCCUCUCCCCUCCCCACCCCCGCCCCUGCCUGCCCCUGCCCCAACUGGCCCCCACCCCUCCCUCCACACCCUGCCCCUUGCUCCCUCCCAGGCUGCCCUGCCCAGCACCUCGUCCACCUCCCAGUGGUUCCACUGAGUCCAGGGCUGCUCGGGAUGGGAGGGGGCAGCAAGGUGUUACGGGGGGGGUGUCUACAUGUGUGUGUAAGUGUGUUCAGCAGGCGCCUGGGUGUUUGCAUUCAUUCAUUGUGUCAUCGAGCAUUCAUUGAGCACCUACUGUGUGUUCAGCCCAUGCUUGGCAUGGGUGUAGAAGACAAAUGGUCUCUGGGGAGGGGGAGACGAGAGUGGAAGGGGCCCCGUUGGUGCCAGAGGUAGGAACAGAGGGAAGGACAGACCGAGGUGAUGCUGGGAAGGUGUGGCUGCAGGGUAAGUGUGAACACCCGCCACCCUGGGGGCUGUCCCCUGCUCGGAGUGACCCAACAGCCCUGCUAGGAGUGCUGGGGCUGUUUCCACUCUAUGGUUGUGGAAACUGAGGCCUGGACAAGUCAAGGUCACUCGUCCAGGGUCACUCAGGCAGCCAGCGGAGGAGGUGGGGCCAGGCCCAGGCUGUGUGACUGCAGAGCACCUGCUGUCCCCUGCCUCCGCCUCCCCGCAUCCCCCAGCCGGGGGCUCCACUGCUCAGUGCUCCCAGGGCUCUGGGAGGCCUGGGGGGCCUGAGCCCGUGAGACACCCUGAUUCUACUGCAAGCUAGGGGCCCAUUCUGCCAGCGGGACCGUCCUGCCUGCAGGCCCUCCGCCCACACCCCCACCAGCCCCUCCCAGGGCGGGAGUCCCCCUGCAUGCCACACUGUGCUGUGUGUGUCCCUCUGGGAGCUCGGCGCCCCCUCUGUGGCCUCCCAGAGGACCGACCGAUGUCCCUGCCCCUAGGAGAGGCUCACUAAGACCCUGCCCAGGGCUAGGCGAUAAGGCGGCGCACAGGGGGAGCGUCUGGCCCAGGGUCCCAGUGGGUGGCUGGCAGGGCUAGGCUGGCUGCCUGCGUUUCUUGGCCCCGACCACCCAGCAGGUAUCCCGGUUCCCUGCUCUUGUGACCUCCCAGGGAACGACUGUUCUGGGCCACUGUCAUCUUUCCCUCUUCUGGGGUCAGCCAGCGGCCUAGGGGCUUCAGUAGCCCAGGGGAUAGAAGGCCCUUCCCCUGGCCUUCCUCAAGGCCCACCCAGGGCCGGUCUCCCUGUGGGAGGCUGGGUGGAGAGGACAAGGACUUGGACUCUGCAGGGCCAGCCCGGGAGCUGUCGCCAUGGUACAGACCACCCUGAGGCAAGCAGUGAGAGCCCCUGGUGUACGGUAGGCUCGGGGAGGCCACAGGCUGUGGAGGAGAGGGUGGCAGGGGUCCCCAAGGGCAGGGACGGUUGGGGGGCUGUCGCACAAGGUGGGCUCUUCAUUGAGCCUUAAGGACCAAGGAGGCCUUAAACAGUGGGAAGAGGUGCAGGAAGACCUGGGGCCCAGCGCCUCGGGGUGCAGGGCAAGGGGACCGGACCGUGGGGCAGCAGGAUGCUGGGUACUCCCACCACCAGCACCCCGUGCCCCCCACACCACCCCUGAGAGGCAGGUGGCGUGCAGCGGUGAUGGGGCACCGUGCGGGGGCCAGGAGCUGGCAGUCCAUCAGAGAUGAGGGCUCAGCCCGCAGCUGCCCCGGGAGUGCCGGCGGGCUGAGGCGCCCCAGGCAGGGGCCGAGGGUGGCGGCAGUCGGCACAGCAGUGAGGGGAGGAAAAGGAACUUCGUAGGCAGAGAAGGGGCAUCACUGUCCCCACUUAACAGAAGGGGACACUGAGGCUCAGAGAGUCUGCGCUAGCAGUAGGGCAUGGAUCCGAACUCAGGUCAGUUCAAGUUGUCCCCGCGGGCAGCAGGGAGGGGAGUGGACCCCCGAGCUCCGAGCAACAGCUGGGUGUUGCUAGCUGCCGUUUUCCACAUCAGAGGGAGGGUUCUGCCCUGGGGGCAGUCCGAGUGGUGGCUUCUGCCCGGAUGUACCAGACCAGAAGCUGGCGGUGCAGGUGAGGGGCGGGGUGGGGGUGGAGGUGUUCCUGGCAGAAGUUCAGUGUCUGUGCGGGAGGCUGCGAGAAGCGCUUCCCCUCUCCCACUCCUCACAGAAAACCUCUCCUGCUGACGGACACUAGGAGACCCUAGGGGUGUGCCAUCUGUUCUGCCCGAGCACCCACCAGCUCUGACGACGCUGGGCUGGAGGACAGGGCACGUGUAAGCUGCACCCUGUCCCUGGGUGUUCAGUGCAGACUCCCCGUGCCACCCCAGACUGGGAUGUUUACACAACCCGGGCCAAGAGUCGGAGUCGCUGAACCAGCUCACUCAGCAUUCCUCACUGGCCCCGGGGGACCGCCCAGACAUCCCACCAUCAGGCAGAGGCCAGCCCGUGGUGGGACUGAGAACCAAGGCCCCUGACUCCCUCCUGGGAAGGGGGGGGGCCGUGCUGCGUCUGUCGGCAGAGGACACCCCCCUGGAGGGCCCGAGCUGAAAGCCUGUGCUCUUGGGCCGAUGGAAUCCCCUUGUUCCCUCCCCACUGCCCCCCGUGCCGCCUCUCCCACGCUUCUGAGACCUUCCCUGGAGAAGGGCCCCCAGCAUCCUGACCUUGCAGAGUCUGGGUCUUGUCCUCCCAGCAAGCACAAGAGACAGCUCAGGAAAACUGGGCUCCACCCGAGUUUAGAGCUGCAGGGACCCUUAGAGACAGAAGGGUCUGGGCCAGGAAGACAGCAUCCAAAGUCAAACACAGACGGAGGUUCAGGAUCCAGGCCUCCUGUCCCCGAGUUGAACUCAUCCUAUGUAGUCACGGGCCGCCUGCCUGGCUGUGGCUCUAGGUCUGCCCUGGGCGUAGCAGUUGAGGGACUAAUUCCUGGGAGAUUGGCAUUGGCUCCCCCCUCCAACCUUCCCUGGUCAUUCUUGAUCUUCAAAGACUCUUUUGGGGUCCCAGGCUUCCCCCAUGUAACCAAGAGCCCCCACUUGCUACCCCGUGGGGGCCCCCCCCUGACCUUGGCCCAAGAUCCCUUCUGAUUCUCUAAGGAGCACGAAGGGGGAGCAUCCCUCCCAAGAGUUUGCGGGAGGACGGGCUGGCCCAGCUGCCUCCCCGCGCUGCCCCUUGACGUGGCACUCCCCGUCCUCUGGUGCCCACAGCCCUCGUCCGGGUGCCCGGCCCCUCCCGCAGCGUUACUGCCUGUGUAUAGUAUAAAUAUAUAUAUUUUCUAUAUAUAAGAUGUAUAAUAUAAGGCUCCACAAAUAUAUCUCUGUGUGCGCGUGUGUGCGGUGAAUGGUGGUCCCCAUCCUGGGCCCCUACUCUGGACUCCCCCACCACCUGGUUAAGUCUCUCAAGAGUGAAUCCAAUUGCCCCGUGGCGACCCCCUUUAUGACACCCGUCCAUUUGUGGUAAACCAAGUGAAGGUGGUGACUUCUGGUGACAGUAAUAAUAAAGUGAAGAUUCCAAACCCACCAGC